UGACAGUUGAGAUGUUCAGGUCAUAGCUCCGUGAGUUUCGCGCCGGCAUUGUUUUGUCAACAAAAGUAAUCGCAGAUGCGAAGUGAUGAUAGUUCGUUCGUGAUGGAGCGGUUCCUACUUUUAUUUUUAGCUUUAUUUCCGUUCGUGUCCUGCAGCGGCAAUGCCAAUUUGAAUGUAAUUUAUUUAGAACCCGGUGAUUCAUACCCCUACCAACCAGAGGCAAGGCGCAUUGGAUUCUUCACAGCCGACUUGAGAAUAUAUUGCUACAAAGGAUGCGACAAAUCACUAGCUCAUGUAUUUCAAACUAUUCAACUAAAAAUAGAAAUCGAAAAUGACGACUACAUGCAAUAUGAAGGAUCGACACCGGCGAUGGUCCAGGAGCACUACAGUGCGCAAAAAUCGAUAUUCUCCUUCAACCUCCUAUCAACGAAGAAGACUCGUAUCAAGCUUAAUCCUUUCAACCAAACAUGCAUCGGAAUCGAAACGGCACAACCGUACCGUCUACGCUUGCAAUUGAUACGCAUUGACUUCUGGCGGGUCAUUCAAAUUUCCCUCGGAGUUUUAACAUUCUGGUAUGCCGCAAAACUGAGCCGGAACUCAUUAUUUUACUACCUUUCCGGGAUCUUCUUGGGAAUUUUCGCAUCGCUUUUGGUACUAAUCUAUUUGGCGAGUAAAUUGAUUCCCAGGAAACCUAUGAUGUACGGUGUGCUGAUUGGCGGUUGGACGGUGGCCAUUUAUUUCGGUCAAAUGCUUUGGGAAAAUCUACAAAUGAUACUUGUUACAUACAAAUCGUAUGUUUUCUGGUACAUUCUAGUGACUGGCUUUACUAGCUUCGUGGUCUGCUACAGACUCGGACCGCCGAAAAACAAAAGAAGUCGUGAUUUAAUCAAAUGGGGACUGCAACUAGCGUCUCUUGUCAUGAUAUUCUAUUCGAGCGACUAUCAAGAGGCUUCGGCGGCUAUAAAUAUUCUCGUUGUCCUAUCAUAUUAUUUCCCGAGGUCUUGGUUGUACAGUGUGAAGUCCAUGUAUGUGAGACGAUUUCCGCCCAAACCACGGCUCUUGUCUAGUGAAGAAUACUAUGAACAAGGAGUUAAGGAGACGACAAAAGCACUGGAGGAUCUCCGGAAAUAUUGCAACAGUCCGGACUGCAAACAAUGGAAAGUUGUUACGUCUUUGAAAGACCCUGUACGUUUUGCUUCUUUUAUGGAAGGAUCUUCGCAUUUAAUGGACGAAGAGAUCUUGGAUUACGAAACUUCCAGAGUUGAUCAAUCUGAUUCUGAGCUAAGUGAAGAUGAGAAUGAAGACCAGGAUGAUGGAGAGAAUGAAAAUGAUGGUGAGAUCAGUGAAGACGAAGAAGCCGGAGGCACAGCAUCAAGUCGAACUGUAGAGGACUACAACGAUAGUAAGAAGUUUUAUUCGUCACAACACAAUGGAAGCAUUGGCAGGAGGAGUACAGGAUUUCAUCGUCCACUGUCCUAUUCAACGCCGUCUCCAUCUUCAUCUUCGAGAAGUCGAGCGUCAACAGCGUUUUAUAGUCGUCAAAAUCGAGAAUUUAGCGACGAGGAUUAAUGUUUAUUGGUUACAUUUAUUAAACUAUAUUUUUAAGACUAGUUGAUAAUUUCGUUUUUGUGUACUGAUUUAUUAUUUAAGAUUUACAGAAAAAUGAUGAAAUACAAUUGGGUUACAAAUG